AUGAAGACUGAGACUGUACCAAUAGCCCUUCCUUUUUAUUUCAUUUUUUCUUCCUUUCUCUUUUCCUUGCUUUCUUACUGCUCUCUUUAUAACUUCCUUCCCCUCUUCGUUCGUUUCUUGUUAGCUUUCUGCUUUCAUUUUUUGUUAUUCCUUUUUUCGUUCGUUCCUUGUAUUCUUUCUACUUCUUCAUUCAUUGCUUUAUUUCUGCUUUCAUUCUUUCUUCAUUUGUUAUUUUCAUUCUUUAUACUUUUGUUUUUUCUCCUUUCUUUUCUUCAUUUCUCUAUUCCUUCUUUUCUUUCUAUUUUCUUCCUUUCUAUUUUCUUCAUUCCUUUCUUCGUUAGUUUCUUGUUUGCUUUCGACUUUCAUUCUUUGUUCCUUCUUUUCUUCUUUCGUUUUUUGCUUUCUUUCAACUUUCAUUCUUUCUUCCUUUCAUUCUACCUUUCAUUUUUUCUUCCCUUCUUUCUUCGUUCGUUUCUUUCUUUCUUUCUAAUUUCAUUCUUUCUUUCUUUCUUUCUUUAUUUCUACUUUGAUUCUUUCUCUCUUUCUUCAUUCGUCCCUCCUUUCAUUCUGCUUUCAUUCUUUCUUCUUUACUUGCUUCCUUCAUUUUUCUACCAUUCCUGCACCUUUUCUUGCAUCCUUCAUUUUUUUCAUUCUUUAUUUAAUUCACAGUUUGUUUAUUUCCUUCCUGUCUAUUUCCUCCUUGCAUCGCUCCUUCCUUGCAUGGCUUAUUCCCUUCUUCGAUCUUCCCUUGCUUCUUUCAUUCCUUGCUUCGUUUAUUCCUUGCUUCUCCCCUUCCUUGCUUUCUCAUUCCUUGCUUCAUCCCUUCCUUGCUUACUCAUUCCUUGCUUCAGUUUCUUUCCCUGUUUUGCUCCUUCCAUGCUUCGCCCCUUCCUUGCUUUCUCAUUCCUUGCUUCGGUCCUUCCUUGCUUAAUCAUUUCUUGCUUCGUUCCUUUCCCUGUUUCCCUCCUUCCAUGCUUCGCUCCUUCCUUGCUUUCUCAUUCCUUGCUUCGGUCCUUCCUUGCUUAA